UGCCAUUUUUUGCACUAUUGGUUUUAGAGCCUAUUGUAAGUAAGCAUUUCACUAAGGUCUGCUUCACCUGUUGUAUUCCGCGCAUGUGACAAAUGAACUAUGAUUUGAUAACAUUGCUCCUCUAGCGGCAAAGUAAGAUAGUGCUUUUGGGACUCAGAGCUUCGAGCUGGGACUGGUUCCUUCGCAGCCAUUUUCUGUCCAACCACACGGUCGUUUUGAGAAGCUAACCAACCAGGGCAGUAUCGGAGGUUUGUGCCUGGUUCUGGCCAAUGAUUGCUAUCCGAUUUCUCGUUACCUCGAAUCGAAAUCUCCGCGUUUGACUCUUUCUUUGAUGGUAGCGUGAGAGGGAAUUAGCAGCGGGAAAGUAGAAAUUAACACUGCGAGUUGAGGAAUUCUAUCUUGGACUCGCUAGUAAAUGGUCUCCCCGUAUGGGUACUCCGUCACCCAGCAGGCCCUCCACAAAGACUCAAAUGCAUCUAACAAAUGUAACAGGCUAUGUUUGCCAUGGGGUUGCUCAAAUCCGACUGUUGAAGUCGACGGGAUGUCUUGAAUAGUCUGUAAACAUGACGAAUUUGCGAAAUCAUGGAGGGAGACGGUUCAACCACAGAUGCCUCUCAGUUGGGCAUGCCAGGGGAGUACAUGGCAGGAAGCCACUACGUCCUUCAGUCACAGGAUGAUGACUGUGAUGAGAGCCUGCAUGACCAUGAGGAAGGCAACGGCAGCAAGGAAAACUUCCGCGAGCAGGACAUCUACCUCCCCAUCGCUAACGUGGCUCGCAUCAUGAAGAACGCUGUUCCACAGACAGGAAAGAUAGCGAAAGAUGCCAAGGAGUGUGUUCAGGAGUGUGUGAGCGAGUUCAUCAGCUUCAUCACGUCGGAGGCCAGUGAGCGCUGUCAUCAGGAGAAAAGGAAGACCAUCAAUGGAGAGGACAUCCUGUUUGCCAUGUCCACCCUGGGCUUCGACAUGUACGUGGAGCCACUCAAACUCUACCUACAGAAGUUCCGAGAGGCGAUGAAAGGGGAGAAGGGAAUCGGCGGCAUAUCUGUAACAGAGGGACUCGGAGAAGAACUCACAGACGACAGCUUCGCGAACCAGUUGCCUGCUGGAAUAAUAACUGCUGAUGGACAACAACAGAAUGUCAUGGUUUACACCACCUCUUACCAACAGAUUCCCGGAGUGCAGCAGAUCCAGUUCUCCUGAGUAGGUUCCGGAAUUCCCCGUUUGCAAUCGGAACACGUUUGAAAUGGGGAAGAGAUUACAGCAUUACUGUACACUCAGGUCAAAAGAUAGUGGUGGGAAGAUGGAACGAGAGGGGAGUGUAUGCAGAACUUGCAUAGGUGGGUUUGAAUCAGAAUCAGUUUUAUGUUCUGGUCACGAUAAAGAACUGAAUAGGAGACUAUCUGGAGACUAGUUAUUUGGCUUUUUUUGUUAAUUGAAGAUUUUCAGAGUCACUUUAUUUGGAUAGUCUGUAUUGUCCAUCUGCAUAUGCUCUACAGCAGGGAAGGCAUUUGAAAUUAUUUCAGUUUUCGAAUAAUAUCUGGAUAGUCUAAAUAAAUGUGCUUAAAUAAAGAAAAAUAUAUUUUAAAACUUCAAUGGAGACUUACUCGUGCGACUCGAGAGCCUGUUGGGGCGGCAGGGGCUGGUGUGUGUUUGUGGCAGUGUGUGGCACGGCGGGAGAGCGAGAGUAGCCAAACAGACUGACUCAGGUUAGAUAAGCUAUGGCAGCAACAUGCUUGUCUAUCAUACCAUCUGGUAGUGCCUGUCUUGAAUCCAUAAAAUCAAUGUAAAAAAGCUAGCUAAAGUAGCAAAGCUAAUUCUCGACAACUCCUUUCAGAUUCCACAGCCUACCUGAUGCUUGCUCGUUGUAGCGGACUCUUCAUUUAGCCAACUUAAUUCUGUGAUGUUAAUUCCAUUUUGCAUUGAUUAUAAAUCUCCCACUUCUCUUGCUACACAGAGCCUCUGACUGUAGCGCCGCUUUGAUUGACCAACAAGCUUCACGUUGGCUACCAGUGUGUCUUUUUUAUGGGGCGCACUAUUAACUGUCAUAAAACUUGUUUAUUAAAAUCCUUGUAGGCUAUGUAACAAUGUUCAUUUUAGACCAAACCUUUAAAAUUAUGUUGUGCCUAUUUUCUUUAUCAAAAAUGAAUACUCUCAAAGUAAUCAUUCUAACGUCCGUUCAGUUAUUGGAAUAACCGUGCCCAUCACUACACUACAGAGGGAAACAACACACAUGGUUGGUAAGUAACCACUUGCAAAGGUAAGGGUUAAGAUUAGAGUUAGUAGAUAUUUGAAAUGUUACUGAUAGUCUCUAGAGCAUCUACAGAUGGACUAUCCAAAUAAAGUGUGACCCUUUUUUCCCCUCCAUGUUGCCCAUCACUACAAUCUUUGUUUUAUGAGGGGGAAGGAAUGGGGGGAUGAACAUAAGCUGAAAUGUCUGUCUAGGGAAUUGGUGACCUCUUUGACGACCUUGUAAAGCAAUAAAAACUAAAGUAGUUGAAUGUUGACAUCUGUACUCUAAACUCUGUUGUAAACAAUUGUAAGUGGCAUGCAAUUUAUUUAACUAUUUUAUAAUUUCUGUAAAGUUAUUCUGUUGGUCCUUUUAAUAAAAAUGUAAGCGUGA